AUGGUUCCAUUCUCUACCGUUCCCCGCUUCCUUCCGGGUGGAAGGUUUGGGCUGGCCGGCAGGCUCGGUGAUGUUAUCCAGUCGUCUUUCGCUCCCAAGAAACACCACCCGCUGCUGGGGCACGGCUCACAGCUGAUACGGAGAGAAGAGGCGGAUGCAGCUUGUCCGAGUCAGCACACAACAGGAAGCUGCUGGCUCGGAGGUGGCUUAAGUCUAGAGCCCCCCUGCCUACACGUGGUGUCUGGGGUCUGA